AUGAACGAAGAUCGAAGAACGAAGAUCGAAGAACGAAGAACGAAGAACGAAGAACGAAGAACGAAGAACGAAGAACGAAGAACGAAGAACGAAGAACGAAGAACGAAGAACGAAGAACGAAGAACGAAGAACGAAGAACGAAGAACGAAGAACGAAGAACGAAGAACGAAGAACGAAGAACGAAGAACGAAGAACGAAGAACGAAGAACGAAGAACGAAGAACGAAGAACGAAGAACGAAGAACGAAGAACGAAGAACGAAGAACGAAGAACGAAGAACGAAGAACGAAGAACGAAGAACGAAGAACGAAGAACGAAGAACGAAGAACGAAGAACGAAGAACGAAGAACGAAGAACGAAGAACGAAGAACGAAGAACGAAGAACGAAGAACGAAGAACGAAGAACGAAGAACGAAGAACGAAGAACGAAGAACGAAGAACGAAGAACGAAGAACGAAGAACGAAGAACGAAGAACGAAGAACGAAGAACGAAGAACGAAGAACGAAGAACGAAGAACGAAGAACGAAGAACGAAGAACGAAGAACGAAGAACGAAGAACGAAGAACGAAGAACGAAGAACGAAGAACGAAGAACGAAGAACGAAGAACGAAGAACGAAGAACGAAGAACGAAGAACGAAGAACGAAGAACGAAGAACGAAGAUCGAAGAUCGAAGAACGAAGAUCGAAGAACGAAGAUCGAUGAACGAAGAUCGAUGAACAAAUAUCGAUGA